AUGUCCAGCAACAAUGUCAACAACGCUCCAGCUCCCCCUUACACCAGACCACCCCCAAGCAACGCCGAGAUGAUGGCGGAGCUCCAGAUGCUCCGGAACACUGUUCGCACCCUGCAAGCACGGGUUAACGAACCACCCGCAGCAGCACCACCGGCCCCCUCCGUGGACAACCAACGGGACCUUGGAGAAGCCAUCAAACCAACUACCCCGGAACCCUUCAAAGGAAAAGCCGCGGACGUCAUACCAUUCCUAACCCGAAUGAAAGGACAUUUCCGCCUCUUUCCACGCAAGCUGGAUACAGCAGCCAAGAAGAUGCUGUACACUGCACCACUGAUCCAAGGAGACGCCAAAGACUGGUUUGAACCUAUCUGGAAGGACUACCUCGAGAACGACUAUAAUCAACAGGACCAGGAAACUCAGAACAUUUUCGCAGACUGGCUCAACUUCGAAGCACUCCUCAAAGACAACUUCAGAGUCAUCAACGAAGAACGACAAGCAGCCGCCGAAAUCCUAGCCCUAAAGCAACACGGUUCUUGCACAGCUCACUCAGCUAAAUUCAGACAACUCGCAGCGAAAACCGAAUGGGACGACGAAGCACUCAUGGGAAUAUACUACCGCAGUAUUAAGGAAGAAGUCAAGGACGAACUGUACAAGGCCGACAGACCUGACAACCUCACGGAGUAUAUCACCAUAGCCGUCAAAAUCGACGAACGACAGUACGAACGCCGAAGAGAGAGGACGAAUGCCGGCAGGAAAGGAAGCAACUACAACCCCUACUUCCCAAACCAACACCGAAACAACAACAGCGGCAACAAUCGCAACUCUCAACCACGACAACGAAACUAUGGGAACAACAUCUCGUACGGAACGCAACCAGGACCAAUAGACUUAGGAGCUGCCCAAACGCCAGGACAACAACGGGACCUGAGCAAGUGUUUAGUUAACGUGUUUGAUAAGUGA